GAGGAUGAGUUGUCGGGGGGCUCUCCCAGCGACAUCUCAGAAAUGCUGGCUCAGUUGGAAAGUGACAGCGAUCAUGAUGCCGCCACCGUGCAGCAGCCGCCUGAAAAGAAGGCGAAGAAGGACAAGAAGGACAAGAAGGACAGGAACAAGAAGGACAAGGACCAGGAGGAGCUCCCUGUGAAAUUGCCGAAGGCGAAGGACAAGAAGCCUCAGACCAGUGGCGGUGACAAGAAGCCGCAGCUGUCGUUCAAACUGGUGGACCAGCAUGGCAAUGAAGUUGUCGGUCCGUCUUUCUCGCAAGUGCAGCUGCUGAAGUUGCAAGGCCUCAUCACACAUCACUGUGAAACAUUGGUGUGCGAUCUCUGCGAGGAACGAGCAGUGAUUCUUUCCUUUGCCAAGCUCUCUUUGGUUUGCGAGCAGCAAAGUCAGCAGAUUGCCGGGCAGGGCCAGGCAUCUGCGGCUCAGGCUAUGACGAUGACCAUACGGCCGGCAGGACCGCUUUGGGCAAGCUGGAAGAUCUGCACGGUGGACGAUUUCAAAGUGAGGAAGAGAGAGCCACAGUUUGCAGAUGAGUUCGGGAAGGCCAGGAAUUACCACCUGAACCCGGACAUGAUAAGGUCCUUCCGGGAGGAGGAGUUGGACAAAGUCAAGCGCACGGGCACCAGGGUGGAAACGUACUUCAUCUUCUUCUCCAUGUCGGAGUUCGAGCAAACAUUCGGCCUGAAGGCAACGGAGCACGAGGAGCUCAGUCACUUGAUCACAACCGAGGAGGAUGAGUUCGGCAACGAGAUCACUGGGGUUGUCCUUCGUGAUCCCGAGAUGUGCAGCUGGCGGCUCGAAACACUCUUCGACCGCAGCAAGGCUGAGGAGCUCAAGAGGCUCAAGAGCGUCAACUUGGCCGGAUCCGGCAAGAAAUCGAUCUCGGACAUGGGUAGUGUGGAGGACAUUUUGGGAGGACUCCUUGACUCGGAUGCAAUCACAAUCGAGUCAGACAAUCCGAACCAAACUCCUGGCUUGGCUCUGCCUGGCACUCUCAGUGGACAGGCCACUGCGGAUGAGGAAGCCGGAAAAAAUGGCAGCAAGAAGAGAAAGGACCUUAAGGACAAGGACAAGGACAAGCAGUCGAGCAAGCCCCCAAGAAAAUCCAGAAAGGAUGAUGACACGAAGAGCGCGACAUCAAAGCCUCGCGGCCAGGAUGCCAUCGACAGGCUGAUGGAGGAGCACAAAGCAAAUUUGAAUGUUGCGAAGGUGCUGAAUGGCACAGUCUCGAAGCAACAGCUGUAUUUCAUCAGCAAGUUCAUCCAGACACUCGAGAAGAAAGGCAACACAGUGGAAGCUGCAGAUUUGGAGCGCGAGCACCUGGUCUGCACGGCCGCCCUCAUGUUGACGCCAGGAGAGCUGGCCCAGAUUCCCUUGGAACAGGUGAAGGACAGCCAGGGCAUCUUUGACGUGGUUCACCCCAUGCUGAAGGAUUGCAACCACACCUCCAUGUCUGACAAAUUGAAGAUCUUUGAGAAGGCUUUCUUGGGGAAGAUUCUGCCACUCGUCCGGGAGGGCAAGGAGGGACAGGAGAAGCUUGCGCUGGCCUCCCAAUGCGGGGCCCGGUGCCUGGAGGUCCUCAGCAAGUCUGCAGCUGGCUUCCCCGUUGCUGAUGGGUAUGCGAGCGCACAGACUUCCGUGCGUCAGGCCCUGACUUCUGUGAUUGGCCUGGUUGCGAUCAGCUCCAAUGGCUCUUUCGUUAUGGCAGGCAGCACUGGUUCUGGUGGCUCGACUUCCACGUCCUCCGGCACACAGAUCCUCUCAAGCAAUGCAGUGAAGAGUCUGUCCGAUGAGAAGAGCACCACUUCUGUGCUGUACUCGCCUCUGGUUUGCAGCUAG